GUGAGACAGACAGCAAACUAAGACAGAGAGACAGAGACUAUACACACAGUACCACUUAUCGUCAUCAUUGAGAUAUGGAGAUAGAAGAGGACAUCUAUGCCAAUAUAGAGGAGGUCUGUGUGAAAGGCUGUGAUGAUCUGGCUGCAGGUUAUGAGACUUUACACCAGAGUCAACAAGCUGGAACAAGUAUGUGUGUUUUACGGAUUCUUACUGAGAGUUAUCAUGACUUGACUGACACACAGACACACACACACACACGUAAAUAUUGGUGAUCGUAAAUAAGAAUGUGUAAACCAGACCUACUAUAAGAGCUACUCUAAAGAGUCCAAAGACAUGGCAGAUUCACAAAUAGGUGAAAGAUCUGAGGGAAUGGUGGAUGUAAUCUGGAUGCUGUGGAAUGUGCUGUAGAAAUGGUGAAACUAUAUUGUGAAGAGACAACAGUGAAAAUAUGAAUAACCUUUAGAGGGACACAUUUAAUUGAUUUACACAUUUCAAGCAAAACAAACAAGAAUGUGAAAAUCAAAACGAUUUGAUAUUUUGAAUCAGAAGCAUUUUUAAAACAUCUGAAACAGCUUUUUCCUGCAAUCUAGAGCCAUAAUCAUGUGUGCCCCCUAUGGGCAUGACACCUCUGGUUUGAAAUUAUUUUCAGUCAUAUGGAAGUGGGACCGAGUAGAGAACAUAAUUAUUGUUGACCACAGCAUCAAUUCCUCUUGGUAUCAGAGCAGCCUUAGUUUGUGAGGUAGAAUAGAAUAGAUAGGAUGAGGUCAGAUGUUUGUAAGCACUUGUUUUUCUACACCUGCAGGACUGAAGCAUGGGAAUCAGAACUGUCAGCCUUACAAGCUGGCUACCGUUUCUCUGGGAAUGCUGUGUGUGCUCUUGCUGACCUCAGUCAUAAGUCUCUCUGUGCUCUGUGAGUAUUCAACUCUUACAGGUGGGACUUUAGGGUGUGUGCAUUUAUGUGUGUGUAAGAAAGUUAACAAGAGACGGAUAACAGCUCUCUCUUCCGUCACAGAUGAUGGAGGCUACAAUCAACUGUCCCGAACUCUUUCUCUCCUAACAACCAACCACACCAAAGAGAAGAAAGAGCUUCAGACUAGUUAUGGAAACCUGACUAAAGAGAAAGACCAGUUGGAGAGGGAGAGAAACCAGUUACAGAUCAGUUAUAACAGCUUGAGUAAAGACAUAGACCAGUUACAAAUGCGUUACAACACAAUGACUAAAGAGAAAGACCAGUUACAAAGGACAUUUUCAGAGCAGGAGAAAAAGAUGACAGAAGAACUGGGUGAGUAUCAAUUCCAUGAUAAUAACUGUGAAUUUGAAUGUAUAAUAAUUGUUUUCUGUAUGUAUGACUAUAUUGAUCACUGUACUUUCUUUCUGCAGGAUGCUGUCCUGAUGGUUGGAGGAGACUCGGAUCAAGCUGUUAUUACCUUUCAACAGAGAGUAAAACUUGGAGUGAGAGCAGAGCAGACUGUAUAAGGGGAGGAGCAGACCUGGUGAUCAUAAACAGCAGAGAGGAACAGGUGAGAGAGCGGAGGAGCAGGAACAAAGGAGGAAAUAACUACUGAGAGAGAGAAACAGAGAGAGAGACAGACACAUACCAACUAUGUUCUUUUCAGGUGUUUCUAAACAAACUGGGAAAAGAUGUGCAUUUCUGGAUUGGUCUGACUGACUCAGACAAGGAAGGGAUCUGGAAAUGGGUGGAUGGAACAACAGCAACAACAACAACAACAACAACAACGUGAGUAAUAUUUACCCCUAUUCUUCUUGUAGUUAAUUUUUUGAAGCGUAUUGUUUCUUGUACUAAUAUCAUGUUGAUAUCACUUUCUGCUGAACUGGUUCUUAGGUUCUGGAGCAGUGGAGAGCCAAACAAUGCCGAUGGGGAGGAGGAUUGUGUGGUCUUCAACAGGUUCAGUGAUCUGUCUUGGCACUGGGCAAUUAUUCAGAAUUGGAAUGACCAGCCUUGCACAGUGAAUAAUCAAUGGGUAUGUGAGAGCACACCUAAAGUGUCAUAACAUAACAAAUCCGUCCACAAGGGGAGAAUAAUAUCUGAAUUCCCUUUUGAGUUAGCAAUUGUAUUAUCACAGAUUAUUGUUGAAGUGUAAUUUAAAUCAAUUAUAACAUUAGUUAUGAUUAGUAAUUAUUGUAGUUAUGAUUUGUAAUGAUUUAAUUGAUGUAAUAUAGAAUUGCUUAUAAAGAACCAUUGUAUUAUGAAAGCACAACUCUAACUUGAAAGCUAAUGUCGUGAAUUGACAUGCAGGGUCAAAUCGAAUCGAAUCAUCUAACAGUAAAUCGUGAACAAGGCAAGUGCCAUGCUUCAGUUUGUGUGUAUUUCUUUGUCAGAUGGGAUGAUAAUUAUAGGCUACUUACUAAUUCAUUUUAGCUCCUAGUGGAUAAUAUUUAAUACAUAUUUUGAAAGCUAACAGAACAGAAAUGUUUUGAAUUGUAUUGUAAAUUGCAGGUACAUAUUAUAAAUUGUUUUGAACAAAAGAGAAAAUACAAGUGUUAUGUUAUUUUAUUCCGCAUUGAAUAUUAUUGUGUUUCUUUAUAUGGAUGUUGGGUAACAUAACCCCCCCCCCCCCACCCCUCUCUCUCUCUCUCUCUCUCUCUCUCUCUCUCUCACACACACACACACACACUCACACACACACAGAGUGCAUACACACUUAUUUCACCUUCAUUGCAGUUUGGACUGUAGUCACAUUCAGAGCAUCGAUGAGACAGACAGCAUACAAAGACAGAGACAGAGAGAGAGAGACUAUACACACAGUACCAGUUAUCAUCAUUAUCGAGAUAUGGAGAUAGCAUAGGACAUUAUGCCAAUGUAGAGGAAAUCUGUGAGAAAGACUGUGAUGAUCUGGCUGCAGGUUAUGAGACUUUACACCAGAGUCCACAGGCUGGAACAAGCAAGUGUGUUUACAGACAAUAAUGACUGAGAAGUACAUUUUGAUAUGAGUACACUCCAACGUAAAGGUAUUUAAAUACAUCCGAGUGAGGAUAAAAGUCCCAAAUCCCGACACCUCCGAAUAUUAUCCACAUGGGCCAAAUAGCAAUUUAAAUCAGUAUGAUAAAUGGUCCCCCUUGUUGUGCAACAAGGUCAUCAACUAAAAUACCAUCCAGAGUGCUCCGAAAUCUAAUUCACAUAUAAACGGUGCGACAGUACUUUAUUGUCCCACAUCGGUCAUAGAGCUGAGGGGAUAGCAGAUGAAAACAGUGGGCCUAAGGGGCAAAGUAGCUUUAAAAUAAGUACUCUGGCUACAAUAUCAAUAUAAAGAAGUUUAUUAUCAUCAUUAAUGAGAAACAGUGAGGCAAUUAGUGGAAAGGGACGUAAUUUUUGGAGGGACUUAAACAUUUUCAAGCAUUAUCUUUAAAUGUUUAUAUAUAAUUUGUAUAGAAAUGAGAGUAGAGGAGGACAGAAAUACAUUUUACCCAACUUUCUGUCCUGAUGGGGUUGAAGACCACAAGACUCAGUUCCUCUUGGUAUAAGAGCAUUGGUUUGUGAGGUGAUUGUAACCACUUGUUUCUCUACAUCUGCAGGACUGAAGCAUGGGAAUCAGAACUCUCCUCCUUGGAGGCUGGCUACAAUUUCUCUGGGCCUGCUGUGUGUUCUCUUACUGAUCACAGUCAUAAGCCUCUCUGUGCACUGUGAGUAUUCAACGCACAUGUUUGCCUGCAUGUGUAUUUAUGUGUGUGUUUGUGAAUGUGUGUGUAUGUGUGUGCAUGUGUGUGCAAAAAAUAUUGUUGGUGUGCGCUCUCUUCUCUUUUCAAUCACAGAUGAUGAACCCUAUAAUGAACUGUCCAGACUCCAGACUUCAUACAACAACCUGACUGAGGAGAAACUCCAGUUACAGAGGACAGUUUCAGAGCAGGAGAAGAAGAUAUCAGAGCUUGGUAAGUAUGCUGUUGUAAGAAUGUGAAUGUAGGGGAUUGAGUAUGAUAUUAUGAUCAGUAGCAAAUGUUCUGUAUUAUAUAAAUAUGGUAUAUAACAAUUGGUCUGUAUACCUGAAUUAGCUGUACUCAUUCUCUUUCUAUAGGACCCUGUCCUGAUGGUUGGAGGAGAAUCAGAUGUAGUUGUUAUUACUUGUCUAAUAACAGUAAAACUUGGAGUGAGAGCAGACAAGACUGCAGAGAGAGAGGAGCAGACCUGGUGAUCAUAAACAGCAGAGAGGAACAGUUGUGUAUGUGGGUGUGUGAGAGAGAGAGAGAGAGAGAGAGAGAGAGAGAGAGAGAGAGAGAGAGAGAGAGAGAGAGAGAGAGAGAGAGAGAGAGAGAGAGAGAGAGAGAGAGAGAC